GGCACUUGAGAGACCGUCCCUGGGCGGGAGCCGGCAGAGCCGGCUCCUGUGUCCCGGGGCUGGGGCCGCUCUGCCCCGGGCGCGCACAGUAAGUGCUCGGAACUCUGUAAAUCUGUGUAGCUCCCAGCCCGGGCUUCUCGGACUCACCCCCGGCCACGGGGGUUACCCUCCCGUUCGUAGCCCGUGGGUGCUCCGGGCGGACGGGGCGGUAGGAAGCCGGGCGAGUCGCCUUGGGUUCUCUCUUCCGUUCCCCGCCUCCCUCAUUGAAAUGAGUGUGUUUCUGUUACAGGGCUGAAGGCGAUGAGUGACAGCGAGGAGGACUGGCUGGCUCUGAGGCCCCAGGAACCUUCUCCAUCCCAGUGCUGCGGCAGCGGCUGCAAGCCCUGCAUCUACGAUGUGUACGAGAAGGAGCUUGCACGGUGGGAGAGAGCCAAAGCAAUGCAAGACAAAAGCCUUCUCGUGGGAAAGGAGGAGCAGAGCAAUAAUUCAGAGCUGAAUCCAGAUACAUUCACUGCAUUCAGCGUGAGCUCGGUGCAGCAGCUGACAGAGGACACCUACCAGUACAAAUUUGAAUUACCGGGAAAUAGCAGCCUGCCAUUGAGUUUAGGACAACAUAUCGUGUUAAGAGGAGUGGUGAAUGGUCUGGAGGUCCAGAGAGCCUACACUCCAAUUAGCCCCAGGAAUGCAGAAGGUUACUUUGAAGUUCUAAUCAAAUGCUAUGAAGCUGGACUAAUGUCACAAUACAUAAAAACGUGGAAAAGAGGAGACGUGGUCUUUUGGCGUGGGCCGUUUGGAGGGUUCCCAUAUCAACCUAAUAAGAGACUUCCUGGGUUACUGUACAGUGUGACAGCAUUAGCAGUCAGUUGGAGCGCUUUCUUGAACUGCAGAAUAUUUAACAGGGAAGAGGAGCAUGGAGAACUCCUCAUGCUGGCCUCUGGCACCGGCCUUGCACCAAUGAUUCCCAUCCUCCAGUCCAUAACAGAUGAUGAAGAGGAUGAAACCUUUGUAACUCUUGUUGGCUGCUUCCCAACCUUUGACAAAAUUUAUUUAAAACCUCUUCUGCAGGAUUUGGCUCGGUACUGGAAUAUUAGAAUAUUUUAUGUCCUAAGCCAGGAAACUUCGCUGGAAGAACUUCCUUGGAGCUAUCAGGAAAACACAUACACUGGUCGUCUCAGUGAAGACUUGAUGAAGACAAUAGUAAAUUCCUGUCGAAGAAAGCCAUUUGUAUUAAUCUGUGGCUCUUCUUCAUUCAGUGAAGAUAUGAGUAGAUACUUGAAAGCUGCAGGAAUUGAAGAAGAUUCCUGUUUUGUCUUUUAGCAGUACAUUCCUGACCUGAGGAACCUUAGGCUGAGCCUUGGAGGUCCUUGCUUCUUUGCAGACAUUGCACAAAAUGGGCCUGCUCAGAAGACUGAGCUCCUUGGAGCAGCUGUUUGUUGAUCCUCACUCUGGGGUGUUUUAAGGAACAGGUGCCAUUCCAGAAUGGCUGGUACAUGGUGUGCCACCCAUACCUCAGGGACCUGCAUGGCCAUUUUAAUGGAAGUCUUCAAGUGCAAUUUUAAGAGAGAGAUCUCCUAGAUAACUAGAAAGCAUCUAGUUAUCUAGGGGUACUAGAAAGCAUCCAUGCACACAGCUGUGCUGUAAUAUGAGGAUUGGUGACUUGCUUUGCCAUCUGUGUUAUUCUGCAGUGGUGUUGUGCCCUGUUAGGUGUCCAGAGGAGGAAAUCCUCAGGGAUUCUUGCCAGGCUAAGGGGACAUCAGACUUGGGAUCACUUUGGUUCUGUCACGUGCAGGCUGAUGUGAGGCAAGUCCCUUAAACCUCACUGUGCCUCAGUUGCCCCACUGUACAUUAAUACAGAGAAAGUGGCACUGGUCUCUGAAAACAACCCUUCCAGCUAUAUAUGGAAAAAGUAUCCAUAAGGAUGGAAUGAUACAUCCUGUCUAGUGAGAACCUAGGCAGGCUGAGCUCCUGUCCUGGCACAGCCUGUGUUACCUACCCUGUGUUUAGCCCUUGAAAUGCUACCUGGGGACACAAAGAGCACGUCCUAAAACUGGGAGGGCGUGGCUGGGUGGUGGCUGCUGUCUGUCAGGGACGAUGGUUAUUUGCUUUCCAUGUCCCCUAAGUGUUGUAGCAUAACCCUUGCUCGUUAAAUUGAACCUCUUUACAAAUAAACAGCUGUUUGAUGUUGUCACAGGACUCUCUCAGGUGCCUGAGGAGGUUCCCUAAGCAUACAGAAACACCACCUGAGGAGGGAAAGCUGCAUGGUUUCUGCUGGGGUGCUUCCCUGUGGGUCAGGGAGGAGAGCCAGGGAGCUGCCUCAGGGAUGGCAGCCUGGCACAGCACCAGCCUGGGCACCUGGGCCUCUUCCUCUUUUUUUUCAGUCCAAAAUGCUGCUGCUUUUUCUCUGAGGUAUGUGCUAUCCACACUUUUACCUUUUCAGACUGGUGUGUUUAGUAUCUACACCUGGAAAUACUACAGUCCUGCACACCUUGUGUCUUUCUGUUCAUUCCCCGUUCAUCCUCUGUUGGAGUUUUCCAGGCUGUCUCAGAUGAUUAUUGCAUUAUCAUGCUUCUUUGUUACCUGUGUCUAACACUACACAAAGGAAAUGUAGUUUGUUACACAAAAAACACAGCGUGCACUGAAGUGGUGGCUUGAUUCACACAUUUGGGAGGGAGUGUAAGUUCCCUUUGCACUGCUGAGAUUUGUCUCCAGUUACCAAAUGCCUGGAAUUAUUCAAGUGUAGCUGCAGCUUUCAUAUUAACUUCCUUGGAGAAAGGGCUGACAGGAAAGCCAUCUUCCUAACCCAAACUGGGGUUCUGGUUUUAAAGGCAUGGAGAUCCAGGGAAGUUGCCCAUGGUCAGUCCAAGGCAAGCUCUCAUCUCCAAUCCAUGCUGUGCUUCAGCCUCCCUAAGUCACUGUGUAGUGAAAGUGCUUUGCACACAGGCUGAUAAAAUAAUGAGAUGCUUUCUCCAGUUGCUCUCCCUAC